CCCUGGUUCCAUCAGCUGUUCCAAAUAUAACUCGCAUGUGGAUUCAUUUGUACUUUAACUAGUUGAUUUUCUGUGAAUAUUAAUAAGAAUGCUGCUGAAACAGUUGCCACUGGCUGUGCAACAGCUGCGCUGCAUUUCCUCUGCCACGACAGCGGUGACCAGGCUGCAUCGGUCCGUCUACUGCCGUUUGUAUCCCACGGUAGUCGUCCAGCCUGAUGGAUCCACCAUUAAUAUCCGCUACCACGAGCCACGCAAAAUCAUCAAGUUGCCUUUGGAUUUGACAACCUUGUCGGAAGCCGAGCGAAAGUCCCGCCUGGAGGCACGUAAGCCGCGCAAGAAGGUCAGGAUUAUGGAGGAGGUGGAUGACAACUUCAAUGCCAAAAAGUACAUGAAGUAUAUCAAGAACAAGAAGUAGCUCUAAUGUUAAAAUAUUUGUUAAUAAAACAUCAAUUUUGUUACAUAA